AUGUGGAACGCACGAAUGCGUUCCACUUGCGAAUGCAAACUAGAGACUGAGGACACACACACCGGAAUCAGGAAGACACUUAGAAUGGAACGCACUAUGCGUUCCACUCGCAACUAUACUAAGAAACCCGGAAGUGACAUUGGAACACCAAACACGACCGGAAACAGGAAAUAUAUGCAAAUCGAUGAAUGGAACGCAUCAAUGCGUUCCAAGAAGAAAUUACCCGUGAAUUUCAAUUUGCACAAGCAUUUAUAA